AAAAAAAAAACAAAUUGCGAAGACUCAAAACAGGAGACUGUUCGGUCUGGAAACUAUCAUCAAAAGAAAAAAAAAAUUCCACUUGUGUUCACUACUUAAUCAUUGUUCUCAAUCCAACGCCGGUAGUUUUUUAAAUUCGUCGGUGAUUUUCGCUGUCUCCGGGAUACAGAUCUAGGAAAUUAGGGUUUUGUUUUUUUGGGGGAGAAUGCAGAAGUAGUAGACGAUGGAUAGAGGUAAUAAUAAUAUGAAUAGAGCUAAGAGGAAUUUGGAUGGGAACGAUGAUGAUCAGCCUGAGCGUAAACGUCCUGCUCUUGCUAGUGUGAUUGUAGAGGCUCUGAAAGUAGACAGUUUGCAGAAGCUUUGCUCUUCUUUGGAACCUAUUCUUCGCCGAGUUGUUAGCGAGGAAGUGGAACGUGCUUUGGCAAAACUAGGCCCUGCUAGGCUUUCUGGAAGUUCUGGAUCUUCUCCAAAGCGAAUCGAAGGUCCAGAUGGCCGGAAAUUAAGGUUGCACUUCAAAUCUAGACUAUCUCUCCCCUUAUUCACUGGGGGGAAAGUAGAAGGAGAGCAAGGUGCUGCAAUUCAUGUUGUCUUGAUUGAUGCAAACACUGGGCGUGUUGUGUUAUAUGGUCCAGAGGCUUCAGCUAAACUUCAGGUUGUUGUGCUUGAGGGUGACUUUAACAGUGAAGAUGAUGAAGACUGGACACAGGAAGAAUUUGAAAGCCAUGUUGUAAAAGAGCGUGCAGGAAAGAGACCGUUGCUGACUGGAGAUGUGUAUGUCACUCUUAAGGAAGGGGUUGGAACUUUGGGAGAGCUAGUUUUCACUGAUAAUUCGAGUUGGAUUAGAAGCAGAAAGUUCAGACUUGGUUUACGGGUCGUUUCUGGGUGUUGUGAUGACAUGCGUAUCCGUGAGGCAAAGACGGAAGCUUUUAUUGUUAAGGAUCAUAGGGGCGAAUUGUACAAGAAGCAUUAUCCACCUGCUCUGACUGAUGAGGUCUGGAGAUUGGAGAAGAUCGGCAAGGAUGGUGCAUUCCAUAAAAAGCUUAAUGCAGAAAGAAUUGAAACUGUGGAAGAUUUUUUGAGAAUGAUGGUCACGGAUUCUGGCAAAUUACGUACUAUUCUUGGAAGUGGCAUGUCAAACAAAAUGUGGGAUGCAUUAGUAGAGCAUGCAAAGACGUGUGUCCAGAGCAGCAAGCUUUAUAUCUACUAUGCUGAGGAUUCAAGGAACGUUGGUGUUGUGUUCAAUAAUAUCUAUGAGCUAAGUGGCCUCAUUUCUGGGGAUCAAUACUUCUCUGCUGAAUCACUUACUGGCAGCCAAAAGGUAUAUGUUGAUGGGCUAGUGAAGAAAGCAUAUGAAAACUGGAACCUAGUCAUAGAGUAUGAUGGAAAAUCUCUUAUAGAAUUGAAGCAGCCUAACAGGUUAAGUAUUACUCAAAAUGAUCUGGCAAAUUACUCUACUGCUGCCAUCGACCAUCCAAUGCAGAUGACAGGCCAUUCAUCUUCAAUCCCGGCUAAUCAGUCUCCAGUGCUUUCUGAUUUUGCUAUUGCAGGGUAUGAUCAACCUUUGGCAACAAGAUAUCAUUCUCAGCCCCAGCUUUUGAACUCCAACCCACGAGCACAAUUUGAGGUUGCUUCAUGCAGUAACCCACGAGCACAAUUUGAUGUUGCUUCGUGCAGUACAACACAAGACCAGCUGAUGGGGAACUUACAUCAAACUCAAAACAUGAAUGGUCUUGCUCUCGGUCCUCCACAAUCAUCCACAAGCGGGUACCAAAACAUCAACUCUUCUUCUGUUCACCAGGCAAAUCUCAAUCAUUUAGAAGACUGGUCAAACCACCGCGAGAGAGGACCAGAAGAUUUCUUCUCAGAGGAAGAGAUCCGACUCAGAAGCCAUGAAAUGCUCGAGAGCGAAGACAUGCAACAGUUCCUCCGCUUAUUCAGCAUGGGAGGGGGUGGCAAUGGCUCUGCAACACACUUGCCAGAAGAUGGAUACACUUUCCCAUCGUUUCUGCACACGCCUAUGCAAGGUUAUGAUGAAGACCGUGGUCGAUCAGGCAGAGCUGUUGUUGGAUGGCUUAAGAUAAAAGCAGCAAUGAGGUGGGGGUUCUUCAUCAGGAGGAAAGCUGCUGAGAGGCGAGCACAGAUUGUAGAGCUUGAUGAUGAUGAUGAAGAUGGCGAAUAGUGUGGUCAUUCUUCAUCAUGAUCAUACCCUCAUUAUGGUAACAACACUGAAUUGACUCAAGCAGUGUUUACCAAAUGGAGACUGAAGCUUAAGGGCCACAAGAGGAGAGGCAGCGCGAAUGGAGGUGAAGUGCCUUGAGGUAUUGUAUAAAAGGAAGUGUACAGUUAGAUUCAGUGGAUGUGUGUUUUAUGAAGCAGGAGACUUAUAAUAUGCUUGAUUGAUGACUCAUUUAGACGGUAGCAUUCUUAAGAACUGAUUCUACAGUCUUAGAUAAAUGAUUCAACAGGUAGAAUUUAUGUCUGGUCCUUUUUUUUAUUUGAUACUCUGAGUUGCAAUCUGUAAGGCUUAUGUUCCACGAAACUUCAGUGUAAUGUUACCUUGAUUAUCCCUUAAUAUUCGGUUGUGUUCUGAGACUUUUCA